GCCAUUCGAGAGGGAAAACACAGAGCGGCCGCCGGCGGUGGAGUGGGAGAUUCGCAGAUUCUCCGGUCUUUCGAAGAACGCCGAUGGCAGUGUCGAGCUCGGCGAGGGUGCUUAUAACUGCUGAAUUAGAAGGUCCGAAGCCCAACGGCGGCGUUCCACCCUCCCGACCCUGGCUCGCUGUCCGCAAGCCAUCUUGGGUCGUCAGAACUGAGUCAAAUGUUCGGAAGGAGAAGAAGAAGAAGCCAGAUCCACCUUGUGUCGUCUGCCACGGCAGCGGCAGAGUCGACUGCCACCAGUGUUAUGGAAAAGGAAGAACAAACCAUGUUCAUUUGACAAUGCUGCCGAAAGGAGAAUGGCCAAAAUGGUGCAAGACCUGUGGCGGUAGCGGGCUUGGUUACUGCUCCAGGUGCCUUGGGUCAGGAGAGUAUAGGUACAUAAUGGGAUUCAAGUUCAUGAACAUGGAUGCUGAUCAUAACAACUAUCCGACCCACCGUGAACCAGGAAAACCGGCAUCUUUAGACUGGCUGCUUGGUCAAGAUGAGAACGACUCUGGAUCAUGAAACGUGAAGACCUGGUUGGAGUAUCAUAUUCGUAUCCAAGUAGCUUAAAGGUUCAUCAGGAGAGUACAGAAUGUUUCAUUUGGGGCUACCUGAGCUUCUUUUCUUCACUUACAUUCCAUAAAUACAGAUUUUUCUUUUUG